GUGUGUGUGUGUGUAUUCUCCUCCUUUCUUUCCUCUCUCAGUGAACGCGCAUCACUUGUGAAGAGAAACGGCGCUCGAGACCCGCAGGAGAAGUUUCUUGUCCGUCGGCUCGUUUCUCUCCGCUCUCCCUCGAUUUCCUCCCGUUUCUCCCGGUUUUUUUCCCCACACAUUUUUAUCCUCCGUUUUUUUGUGACUCAGAGGAACCAGCCGGGGCUGUAAAACUGAACUGCUAACACCGGGGCGUAGCUGGAGAGGACUGCUGCUAGCUCCGCUGCACUGACGCUGAUCAGACCGUGCCGUCAACAGAGAGCCUGUCGUCCUGUGGCCAUCCUGUGAGAUUUAAGUCAGCCCUGCUGUGCAGAGACGGACCACUACCACUCAAGGGGAGAUGAAGCCGGAUGGGGUUGCCACGGCGGCGCUGGAGCCAAUGGAAACAUUGGAAUCCAAUCCAGUAAAUGAGGCAGCUCUGGCAGCGGGACAGGAGCCUAACCAGGCAGCCAGUCCGGUGGAGGAGGAGCAGCCACAGCAGCCCGCAGGAGAGACUGGCCAGGUGGAGCCCCAGCCAGACCAGGCCAAGGACACCCCUGCUGCUAAGACCAGCAACAAGACUGCAGGAGACUCCAAAGCCAAGGCUACCAACAAGGCCACGGCCAAGACGAAACCCGGCGCCACCAGCCCGACCAAGACCACGUCCGGGUCACGGCCCAACACAUCCCAGAGCCGCCUCUCAAAUGGCGUGUCUAAGCCUCAGACCAACGGAGUGGCUAAGAAAACAGCACCUGCUCCGGCCAAAAAGACCACCCCAACCCCAGCUCCAGCCAAAAAACCAACAGCCGCGGCCGCCGCUCCAGCCUCCAAGAGCAAAGUGGGUGAGAAGAAAGCCACAGGGGCCUCCACCAACGGCGCAAAACCGAUGACCGGAACAACAGCGGCCAAGAAGACGCCGUCCACAACAACUGCUAAUGGUGUCAAAACCAGCACCACUGCAGCUGCUGCUAAGAAGCCCGCAGCUACCAAGACUGCGUCUGCGACUCCCACCAAGCCCAGCUCUACUGCCUCACCUAAGCCUCCUGUUUCCAAGACAACCAGGCCUGCGACUGGCGCGGCAGCAUCACCUCGUCCGGCCACAGCCUCACCACGGCCCCCCUCCAGCAGCACUACCAAGAGCUCCCCAGCUACAGCCAAAACUGCCACCCCGAAAACCUCCUCCACCGCUGCCAAGCCUGCUGCAUCCAAACUAACCUCCACUACCCCCUCUGGUGGCAAACCUCCAGCAUCACAAACAUCCAGGACAACAACACCUGUGAAAAAAGAUGUUACCAAAACUGCCACUUCAGCAUCCAAAAAGCCCGAGUCCCCCCUCACCCGUCCCUCCUCUACAACAAAGCCGGCAAAACCAGAGACCCCAAAAUCAGCCUCAAAAUCAGACGUCACCGCCAAAAAGCCUCCUGCUGGUAAGGCUGCAGACGCAAAGACACCCAACCGCUCCAAACCGGAGAGCAAACCCACACCCUCCAAGACACCUGCAUCCAAAACCGCUGCAGCCAAGACCUCCACCCCCAAGAAGACUGUGGGCAGCAGCACCCCGACUCCAGUGAAGCGCGGCCCCAAAGCUGCCGAAGAACCCGCAAAGGAAAUCGCCGCCGCUGUGGCCGCCGCUGCGGCCAUCGCUACUGCGGCAUCCGCCAUCGCCGGGCCGGAGGAAGCAGCUGUGGAGCCGUCUGCUGCAGAACCGACGCCCAGCCAGACCGAGGCAGUGCAGGAACCAGUGUCUGCACCAGAACCAGUAAGAGAACCAACUCCAGAACCAGUAAGAGAACCAACUCCAGAACCAGUGCGGGAACCGACACCAGAACCAGUACGGGAACUGACACCAGAACCAAUACGGGAACUGACACCAGAACCAGUGAGAGAGCCGACACCAGAACCAGUGAGAGAGCCGACACCAGAACCAGUGAGAGAACCAACACCAGAACCCGUGAGAGAACCAACACCAGAACCUAUACGAGAACCAAGUCCAGUCCCUGUAAGAGAACCAAGUCCAGUCCCAGUAAGAGAACCAAGUCCAAUCCCAGUAAGAGAACCAAGUCCAAUCCCAGAAAGAGAACCAAGUCCAGUCCCAGUGCAAGAACCAUCUCCGGAGCCGCUCCCAGAGCCGCUCUCUCUGUCAGCAGAUGUUGGAGCUGAACUGGUCCAUGAACCAGCUCCCAGUGCUCAACUGGCAGCUCAGCUGGACCUCUUCAAGUACGAGGAGGCUGCCAACGACUCGGUCCCCUCCCUGGGGACCACCGUCAUGUCUCCUCCGUCGUCUCCUCCCGGCACCGUUUCUCCUGUCAGGGAGCCACAGAACGCCUCCUCUCUGCUGGACAUGCAGCCUGAUGCCUGGGACAGGAACCAGGAUCAGUCCUUUGCUCCUCAGAGCCCAGUCCAUGUGAUGAGCUUCCAGAUGGAGGAGGAAACAGAGAAUAAGGAGGCACAGAGGAUGAGGGAGGACGAAGAGGAGGAGGAGGAGGAAGAGAAGGAGAACCUGUUUAUGUCCACAGCUCCCUCUGCAGGAGCCUUCAGCAUGGCGGCGCAGCCUAACCUGUUGGGUUCGUCCCCGAUGGAUGAUUUCACCUCCAGGGACCUGAUGUCCCCUCACGAAAAGGAGGAGGCAGUGGAGAAGGCUGACGAGGAGAUAAAUGAGGACGAUGAUGAGGACGAGGAGGAUGAAGAUGAGGAGCAGCGGAGAUUAGGCCACCUGCCCUCAUCGUUGGUCACUGAUAUGAGCACGUCUCAGCCCUCUGAGGAGUACCAGGUGAGGUCGUCGGUGUUCGGCGGCUCUGCGGGUUGGCACGGUGACGACCAGCUGUCGGGGAUGGACUCUGAGGACGUGAGCAGCUGCACCAGCAGCCGGCAGCACGGCGUCUCCGACCUCAGCAGCACCCAGCACACCGCCAUCCUGGAGGGCACCCAGAGCUCAGACGCGCUGGUCGACUCCAGCCUCCGCGGCUCCGAGGGAGACGGGAAUCUGAUGGGUUCUCCCAACGUGGAAACUUUAGCCAACGAGGAGGAGGAAGACGAGGACGAAGAGGACGAGCGCGUGGACGAUAUGGACUUGAGCUCAGAACGAGUGGAGGAGCAUCACAAAGCGUUCCAGCAGCAGGAGCAAGACGAGGAGGAGGAUGAAGACGUGGAGAUGCACAGCGAGGGAGUGACGGAGAGCGGCGGGAACGUAGACGAAGAUGACUUUAACGAGGAGGAGCGUUUAGACAACUUAAAUCGCUCCUGUCCUCCAUCUAACGUCCCUCCCACCUCCUCCUGGGGACAGACCAACCCUUUCUGUGACACCUGGGCUCAGCCAGCGUCUCUCCUCACUGUCUCCUCCCCGAGCCCCGUCUCCGACCACGGCGCGGCUGAAUCUGAAACGCCCACGCUGUCUCCCGCUCAGGCACGUUUGGACAGCAGCGCUCCCUCCUUCGCUCCUGAGUCAGAGCACCAUGAGGAGAUGAAGACCUCCGCACAUGAGGAGGCUCUGUUCGCCGCUCCAGGUACAGGCGCGUCCCAGCCCGGCACUCUGGGCGGCACGGCUCACAGCAGCAGUGAGACGAGCACGCCAGAGGAGCUCCGGGACUACGACAGCAGUUCCGGGGUCGAGUCCCAUUCUGACAAACAGCAGACGCCGGUGCCCGCCUCGGUCCAGCCCGACAUGGAGCAGGACCUGGGUAUUCACCUAGAGAAAGGCGAUGGAGAAGAGGAGGAGGCUGAGACGCUCCCUGCGGAUGAGGUCCUCGGAACGGGCCCCCCGACCGCUCCUGCAUCCGCCCCGUCCUCCAACUCCACCUCAGGAGACGAGGCGAGCGACACAGAGGGCGAGAUGCAAAUAAACGACCCCGACGCGCCGGUAAUGAUGGACGAGAGCGCCGGAUUCGAAAGCCCUCCUCCCACCUGUAGUCUCCCUGCUCUUGAGGAGGACGAGGAGGCGGGCGACACGCCAGCAGGAGAAGGCGAAGAGGACGGAGGCGGCACCACCCCUCAGUCUGCCAACUCUGUGGCGUCGUACGGCUUCGACUGCACCACGUCCAACUCUAACGCCCACUCCAUGGCGGAGAGCUGCGGAAAGAGCCCGGGGAUCUUCUCCCUGGAGAACGAGGAGCAGCUGCCAGAGGAGGCGAAGGACCCCUCCCUCAUCAAGGAGCUGACGCUGCCAUCAGCUGCCGCCGCCGCCCACGCAGACGACCUGCUGGGCAGACCCGUGGACCUGAUGCCUUUGGGCCACCCGGGAGUCCACCAGCCUGGCGGUCUGGACGAGCACCACUACAUGCUGGGGGGGAAGCUCGCAGCGGACCACCUGGAGGAGGUCGACCCGCUGGAGCCCAGACACCGCGUCGGGGCCGAGGAGUCCGGAGACGACGGCGACAGCCAGCCGCCGUACUACUCCACCAUAUGUGAUAAGACUGAUAGUUUUCUGGCAGGUAACGUAUAAGUCCCUCCUACUUCCCCCGGAAUGCACCUUUUCCCCGCAACCCUCCCCCGUUACCUGUCGUUCGUUUUCUCUCCAGUUGGGUUAGAUGGCUUAGAAGAAAAAAAAAAAAGGAGAGCGAGAUUGUAGGAAAAGAUUUUAAAAAAUGAAUAAAGAAGAUGGAAAAAAAGACUGUAGCAAUUUUUAAAUGAAGCCUCUCUCUUUCAUACUGAUCGGGUCAUGGUUCUGAGUGUCUGGCUUAAACUCCUUUAUGUACAAUAGCUACUACCAUUUUCUAGUAGAAUGUUCUUUUUAAGUAACACUGCAUAUUCUGUAGCCCCUGAUGGGGUAUUGACUGAUUUGGUCCACUGUGACUGAGCUUUUAAACCGAAAAAAAGGAAAAAAAAACACAGAUGGAAUGAAAUGGACUCAUUGUGUAUUUAUCCUACUGUUUUUACCGAACAAAUGUCAAUGACUUUUUUUUUUGUUUGUUUUGUAUUUGCUUAUUUGUUGUUUUCUUUUUCUGUUGAAACCUGGUCCUCCCUACCCUGUGUACACACGCUUCAUGUUCAACAGCACCAUAGCAACUAGUCACAUUUUAAAACCUUUGUGUUUCAAGACUUUUAGCUAUCAAAAUAAAGGCUAGAUAUUAACACGGCAGAUUUGUUGAGGUAGGUGUGGGAGUAUUAGAUUGCAGUUGGUGAAGUUUUUAAUGUGUGCUUCAAGAGGCUCUUUGCAUAGGUCGUUACGGUAUAUAACGUGCAGUCACGUACAGUUUGUGUUUCAGGCAUUUGGUUUUCAGUGGCUUCAAGCUUUAAGCCUCAGUUAGCUGAUCAUUUGUGUUCCAGAAGAGACUAACAACUAGCCGAUUAUUUGUGAUGAGACCCUGCAUUGUCCUACAUCGCUCUCACAGUUGAGCUCUACACUCGCUGAAACGUUUUCAUAGUGAGCGUUUGCUUUACUCUUUCAACAGUAUAUUGCAUGUUUAACUAACAUAAAGACUGUGUACUACCUUGAAUUUGAAACAACACUAGACAUGUUCAUCAAUGAAUGGUUCACACUAGGUUAUCUUUCAAAAUUCCAUUAAAACAUCAUUGCAAGGCA